AUCUACAUGGCAAACAUCACACAGGCCGAUCAGGACAUUGUUCUGGGGUUUUCCCCUGGCCCGAUACACGCGGUGGACGGGGACAGAGGCCUUAAGACUCGGCUCACGUUCACACUUCUUUCAGGUGCAGACAAUGGCAGAUUUGCUAUCAACAACGAGACGGGAGAGGUGAAGUUGACAAGACGCGUGGAAGAUAAACAACUAACACCAAUAUUCAGACUGCGAAUUAUGGCCUCCCAGCUGAACGACCACAGGAAGUACAGUGUGGUGUCUGCACAGGUGAGAGUGCUGGCCGAGAACAGCUUCCCUCCGACCUUGAACCAAACGACCUACAAAGGCUUCGUCAUCCAGAGUGACAGCCCAGCCACCAUUGUCUCCACCUAUGGGAAACAAGUCCUCAUCGUUCAGGCCACCGACAGGGACUUCGCCGAUGGAUUCAAUUCGAAGAUAGCGUACACACUCCAUCCCCUGUCUGCAAGUGAAGGACUGUUCUACAUUACCCGGGAGGGGAUAGUGAUCGUGAGGACUCGACGCCUUAAAGCCUUUGACAGGCACAUCCUGGAGGUGGUUGCUAAGGACGAGGAAUCAGGAGAAAGGGCCACAGCCUCCCUGGACAUUGAGGUUCUGCAAAGGGGCCAAUCGGUCCCCAGGGGUCAGUUCCAGGAAGAGCCUCUGUUUGGGGAUGUGGACACUACGAUGGCAGGGGCCAUUUCCGCCAUCCUCUUGGUGCUGUUUGUGACAGUAAUAUGCCUGACGGUCCACUUGGUCAGGCGAAGGAGAGACAAACAGGACCCAGUGGACCAAGGGGCACUCACAAUGGGGGAGGACCCGAAUGUGGUGAACCCGAGCCGUGCGGCACACUGUUCCGCCGACCUCUCCUUCAUGGCGAUGUCGUUCUCCAGCGAAGAAGGUGAGAGCGCCCGCGCCGAAAGCCUCCGCGGCAGGGCGGGGGUCUACACCAGGAAGACCUCGCUACUGCCCCUUCCGUUGGUGCACCUCCCCGAGGACCAAGAAGACAGCCCGGAGACCCCUCCUCCCGAGUCUGGGUUGUUCCAAACUAAGCCCAAAGGCUGCACGGCCCCAUCGUCGUCAACGUCUUCUUCAUCAGCGGCCCCGACCAAGGUCCCGUUGAAGCAUGUCAGCAAGACGUUGAGGAAGGAUCAAGAGGAAGAAGACCCUCCCCCAGCGCCGUGGCGGACUGAGGGGAGGCCAGCAACGGAUGACUCUCAGACAGAAUAUCGCAGAGCCGGUCCCAGGAAACUGAGCUUGCUCCUGCCUUUGGAGGAGGCCGCAUCCGGGAGCAAACCCACGGGGAAGGGCGCCCCGGAGCAGCGCAUUGAGAACCCUUACAGUGCCAUGCACGCCGUGAUCUGUGUCUCUGACAACGAGGAGGAUGAUGAGGACACUAGCGCAUAAUAAGACAAGAUGAUGGACUCUGUAGGAGUAGCAGAGGGAACGGGAAAACUGGGGGGGCGGACAUGUGUGAUUGUUCCGUUCAACACAGACGUGUCCAUUAAGUAACUUAGCCUUCAAAACAGAUCACUUCGGGGGGAGAUAGGAAUGAGCUCUGGAGGCUCUGCUUCGAACAAAAAAGUUUAUUCAUACUUGAGGACGGUUUCAAACUUGUCAGACUUUAAGUAGUCAAACUAAUGCUGUCAUAUUAGGUAGGUUGCUAAUUUUUAUUUUCAACAUGGUUUACUUCGGGAAAUGUUGAGAUGUCCUUGAUUGGCAUCAACUUGAUUUCUUGGAGAAUAAGACGAAAUCAGCAUAGUUUGCCAGUUUAGUGCGGUGACAAUGAUAUUGUUUCACACAGACGCCGAACACAGUGAGCAUCACCAUCUGGAAAGAUGCUCUUCCCUUUGCAGUCUUACAAAAACUUGAUUCCUUUGUACAACAUUCAGCACAUUGAGUCACCACUCAUUCACUGGUCAGACGACUUGUACAACGGAAAAUAAAGACUCUACCAACGUCACUAUUAUCCACAGUCACAAAUCAACUUCUGAAAGGAAACACCUCUUCCAAAUCCAAACCUGCAUCCCCCCUGCUCCUAUGGAUUGUAAUUAAAAA